UUCAUCAAUAAAUCUAUUCUGCACUAGCCUAUAAAUUACCGGCUUACAAAUUUUACACAGAAAACAUAAAAAUGGACGAAAUCGAAUACAAAUUGAAAACUAACAACAGUGUCUUAAUAGUCAACGCAGUAGAAAAGUUGAUAACAUUGAUAAAGUCAAAAUUCAAACGUGAAGAACGACAGAGAUUCGUUUUGGAAAACGAGGAAUUGAAGUUUUUGAGGGAGAAAUGUUCGUCCAAAGAUCCUGUUGUGAGCCUGACAGCCUGUCAGGGACUCCUAGCGUUGGUGGAACUCGGUGUUCUGGAAAUACCGCAUACAAUGUCCACUGUAGUAACACUUAUACCGACUGCGCAAAUAAGUUGUAAUUACUCCGCGAUAAUCUCGACAAUGGCAGGUCUUCUCAUUCUCGAUCUGAAGUCGCGUCUCGAUGGCUACAAAUGUCAGUUCAAUCUCAAAUCACCAAAGCAUCCAUUUAUAACCGUACUGGAGAAGAACGAAGGUGCCGAAGAUGAUGUGCUGGCUCAGAUGCAUUCUCUUUGUACGCAUCCUGAUUACACAGUUUCUUCGAAUAGUCUAGAACUCCUUAGAGCAGUCUUCCUCUGGUUGACGUGUAACCCUCAACGAGACGGGGGCUCGAGGCCGUGGCAGCUGUUGCUGAGUCUCCCCCAGGGUCAAGCUAAGUCAUUGCUACUCCUAGCAUGCCUCAGUUGCCAACAGAUAUGCAACCCGUCGUUAAUAGAGAGAGCAUUCAGUGCUUACUCGGCUGUCACCGAUGCCGCCAUUUACCAGCAGGAUAAAGAGACGGUUAUGGCCUUACUGCCCAUGCUGGCUAGAAUCACCAAUGAGCUGAUCAAGCAUGGUCGUGACCCGCGUCCCUGCUACAUCCUGAUGGAGCGUUGCUUCAACCUGGACGCUGCGGAACUCAGGACCGUCGCCGGCCUGGUCCUGAUGAUCUUAGCUGACAACUUGCCCCACACGUCGGCUCUGUACCUCCAUGAGCUUUUCAACUUGUGUUUGAAUAUUAUAAAUAAAUACGCGUACACACAGAUCUCGAUCAACUACCUGAUCGCUCUAACGUUACAGUGGCUUAAUAUGCCAUCUUAUCUCACCGCUUCUGCUUUGAAAAGUGCAUCGAGAAUCCUCGAUAUUUACCAAGAGGGCGCCGGAGAGGACACCAGGAUGUACAUGACGAAUUUAAAUACGAAUAAAACAUUUCAAACAUUACUGCACACGGACAAACAUCUUUCAAUAGUCUACAAUUUGAAUCGAAAUUAUGAACGUCUGCGCGACAAUCCGGACAAAUUAAAAUGUUGGUUGUCUGAUAUUAGCUCUCUAGAUAACACGGUCAAAUACGACAUGUUGCCGCUAUUGCUCGGUGUUGCCAUGUCGCAAAACAUCGAGGGGGAUCAGGAGGAGAUCGUGUUGCAAUCAUUAAAUAUUUUAAUUGAUCUGGUUGAUUAUAACAAGGAUAUGUCUGUUCAACUUUUACCGAUCUUGCUCUAUAAAAUAUCGCACGAUAUAUCGCCGUCUAUCAAAAUGGAGUGCCUGAAGGCUUUACCGCUAAUGGCUAAGAGCAAGGAAAAUGUGCCAACAAUAGUGUCGAUAUUGAACAAGCUGAAGGUCAAUAAAGGUGUGCCGAUUUCGUUCCUGAUCAGUCUGUAUACGAGUCUAAGUGAAACGCAGGUCCGCUGCUUUCCAUACCUUCAGGAGUUGUUGGUUGACCCAGGCGCGGGGAGGCCAGACGAUCUGAAGUGGGAAGUCGACGUAGCUAGGGCUCUAUCGGUCAAACGCAUCUGCGAGAUUAGGGGCUCGUCUCACGGCGUGGAACUGGUGUCGGUGAUCUCGACGCUGUUGAACCGCUGCGGCGACAAGUCCGGGUCGGCGGCGACCUCGGCCGCGCUGCAGAGCAUCGCCCGGCUGUGGCGCAGCGCGUCCAUUGCGCCGCCGAGCACGUGGCGCGCAUUGGAACCCAAACUGGGACGCGACACGCGACCUCUGGUGCAAAUCAGCGUUUGUAACCUGCUUGCCGAAGUGCCAGCCCUGAGGGUGUCGACUCCUGACUACGACCGGCUGAUCAGUGCCUCCUGCCGCCGGCUCUGGGCUUACGUGGCCGAUUCGAAUCAUCCUGAAGUGGUGGAGGCAGCAUGCGAUGCCUUGGGUGGAUAUCUGUUGGAUGAUUACAAGCUUAAGGACAUACCAGAGAUCUACAGACGCACGGUCAAACUCCCUGCCUCGUACUGCAAGACUCCAGCUGACGCGGCCAGGAAUCCUGAAGACGUCCUCGAGUAUAUUCCGUGCGAGGUGUGGCCAGAAGUGUUCAAAUGCAGUAACCAGGCGGCCCUGGGCGGAGUCGCGCGGCUGACGACCAGGCUGAUCGAGCGCGAGAUCAAGGGGUACAGGAGCGGCGUGUACCAUUUGGAAGCCAAAACUGAGCCCAUGGGCUACAACCACCUCCAGCCGUUCAGCGUCAUCAGGGGCCUGAUGGAAUGUUUCAGGAAGCAGGCAACCUCACCCUCGUUCGACUACUCGGACGAGAUCCUCCUGGCGAUACUGCAGGCCCUGACCUCCGACUACCCCCGACCGCUGCCCCCCAUAGACCUGUGUUUCCUGCCCGAAAUGUUCCACCGCGGCCGCCAGUGGAAGGAACUCUCCGUAAGACUGGCCGCCCGGCAGGCUCUGGUCUCCAUCUCUGCCAAGAGGAUCAUGGAUAACUAUCUGCAGAGUAUCGAGGCGGAGAACUGUGAUGAAUCUGAUAUCCUGACAGUCUACGAACUCCUGCCGACCCUGUGCCGAGGGAUGCCGCCGAACUCCCUUCGAGCUCCCAUCGAGAAGACCCUAGGCAGGUCCCACGCUCUCGUCUCGAAGACCAAGUCCUCGGACAAUCCAGAGGAGCUGCUGUUCGUGAAACUGCUGGUGCUCAUCCGGAGAUGCUUGGAAUCGGAGAAGAUACACGAUGCCAACAGGAAACUGCUCUCUCAGAUCGUCGAGAAUUAUUAUUCUGUUAUUGACGAAUCAAAUGUGUCGUGGGAUACCUACGUGGAGACCUGCCGAAGUUUGUCGUCAGCUCACCUGGAGCGCAUGACGUCGCCGUCGUCGUGGUGGGAGGCCAGCGGCGAGGCCUUGAGGCGGGCGUGGCGCGUGAGGUGUGAGGUCGCGCGGGGGGCGCCCGGGGGGGUCGCGCUCGUGUGGCUCAACGAGAUGAUCGACGCUCAAGCUUCCAGUCCACCCGAGCAAGACUUCUCUCUGCGCUGCAUGGCGCCGGUGCUGCAGGCUGCGGACCCUGGCUCCGCGGCCGCGAGGGACUGGUUCCUGCAGCUGAUGGCGCGCACGCAGGUCGCCUUCAACGAAACGGAAGACUUGUCGGCCAAGCUGUACCUGUGCGACGUGUUCGUGCUGAGUGUGGUGACGCUGAGCGGACACGGCGCGCUGCGGCCCGGGGGCGGAGUCGCCGGGGACCGCGCCGCCGCCCGCGCGCUCUUCCCGGCCGCCGUCGCCGCGCUGUUCAGCCGAGAGCCCUGGGAACAGUCUACGCCACAGAUCCUUGAAUGGUUGUGCCAUACCCGGAUCUCGGUGGCGGACCCCCGCAUGGCGCAGUGCUGUCAGCGCGGCCUGCUGUCCAUGCGGCACGCGGCUCACUUCACGACGCAUAACACUUGGAUCAAAUUAGAAAGUCAUCUCGCCAGAGAAAACAUUGAAGACUGA